UUACACCGUCUUUCCAUGCGCCAUAUCUCUCACACAUCGACCGCACACCCCCAUCAACUCACCGACCGUCGUUUCUUUCUCCUAUUUACUCAUCCAUAUAUAUAAAUAAAUCAACCCCCCAUUUUCCAUCAAAAUACACAUUAUUUUAUCUUCAAUUUUUUCGUCUUUAGGGAUUUCUUCAUAAUCUUAUCAUAUACCUCUAUCGAUCACCAAUCUGCCCACACAACUAUUUGCUUCAAGGUAUAAUCUUUGUCUAUUUCUUGUUGGAUUGUCUUUUUAUGUUGCCGAUUCUACUGUUUCUGUGUGUUUCAAUACUGACAUUUCUGCAUUGAUGUUGUUUGCUUCCGAUUGUCUGUUUGGAGUAUUUAAAUGGGUAUUUAAUCGUUUUCGCCAUGAAAUUUGGGGCGAUCGUUGUUGAUUGGCGUAUAAAUUGAUCUCGUUUUGAUUUCGUUUAGUUGCAAGUGAUUUUCAAACUGAUGGAUGUUGGUGGGUCGAUAGCAAAGUUAGAUUAUUGGGUCUGUGGUGGUUUUGGGGGUGUUAUCUUAACGAUAUCAUAUGAAGCAAGAUUCUUUUUUUGAUGAACUUAACUUUAAAUAUGCAGCUGGGGUUCUGAUUGUAUGAAAAUAGAACAGUCUGUGCAGAUUGAAGAUCAGUAAUUGUUUUUGUUUUGAUUCCUGAUGCCGGAUUUGAGACGUGGAGUUCGCCAAGCUAAAAAGGUCGUCAACGUUGAGAAUGGUGGUGAUGCCGUUGUAGCCCCUACUACUCGUCGUGGGACGCGCAGAGGUAAAGCUCAGGCACCAAAAGCACCUGUCGCCAGUCCCCUAAUUCCAGCAUAUCCUCAUCCAAUGCCGAGGCCUGCUGGGAGAGGUCGAGGGGGUAGGGCAACGGACCAAGAUAAAAAUGCUGAGAUAUUUGGGGCUGGAAUCGGUGGCCGUGGACCCCAGUUGAAUUUGGAUGUUGGGCUUCGUGAUCAACUGGCCGUGGGUAAAAGUGCGGAAAAGUUGGCUGCUAAUGGCGAGGAGGAAGGAAGCACGAGCCCAGUUCCUGAAAGGGUCCAGGUUGGCAAUUCUCCUCCAUACAAGUUGGAGAGAAAGCUAGGCAAAGGAGGAUUUGGUCAAGUUUAUGUAGGCAGAAGGGUGACGGGCGGCUCAGGAAACACAGGCCCUGAUGCCCUUGAGGUUGCUUUGAAGUUGGAGCACCGAAAUGGAAAGGGAUGUAGUUAUGGUCCUCCUUACGAGUGGCAAGUUUACAGUGCACUCAAUGGUUGUUAUGGGCUUCCAAUGGUCUAUCACAAAGGUCGCCAAGGAGACUAUUAUAUCCUUGUUAUGGAUAAGCUCGGCCCGAGUUUGUGGGAUGUUUGGAACUCUAGCAACCAGACUCUCUCGGAAGAAAUGGUUGCUUGUAUCGCAGUGGAGUCUAUAUCCAUACUAGAGCAGCUUCACUUAAGAGGUUUUGUUCACGGAGAUGUAAAGCCGGAGAAUUUUUUACUUGGUCAGCCCGGGACGCCCAAUGAGAAAAAGUUGUAUUUGGUUGAUCUUGGUUUAGCUUCAAAAUGGAGGGAUUCGUCUUCUGGUAAUCAUGUUGAUUAUGACCAAAAGCCUGACGUGUUUAGGGGAACCGUACGUUAUGCAAGUGUACAUGCCCAUUUAGGGAGGACGGGAAGUAGAAGGGAUGACCUUGAGUCUUUGGCUUAUACAUUAAUAUUUCUUCUCAAAGGAAAGCUUCCAUGGCAAGGUUUCAUUGGCGAGAACAAAGGGUUCCUUGUUUGUAAAAAGAAGAUGGCAACGUCUCCCGAUGUGCUUUGUUACUUUUGUCCCGCACCCUUCAAACAAUUUCUUGAAGUGGUGACCAACAUGAAAUUCGACGAAGAACCAAAUUACUUGAAGCUUAUUGCAUUGUUUGAAAACUGUCUAGUUUCUAGUGCAUCGUUGCGCCCAUUAAGAAUAGAUGGUGCCCUAAAGGUUGGGCAAAAGAGGGGAAGGUUGCUUACCGAUAUGGAAGAAAGUGCUCAACCUAGGAAGAAAGUUAGGCUCGGCACUCCGGCUACUCAGUGGAUUUCCGUUUAUACAUCAAGAACACCAAUGAAGCAAAGGUACUAUUAUAAUGUUAUGGAUUCGAGACUUCACCAACAUGUGGAAAAAGGGAAGAACGAUGGUCUGUAUGUUAGUUGUGUAGCGUCUGCAUCAAAUCUAUGGGCGGUCGUCAUGGAUGCCGGGACAGGGUUCAGUUCGCAAGUUUACGAGAUCUCUCCCGUGUUUUUGCACAAGGAAUGGAUCAUGGAGCAAUGGGAGAAGAACUAUUACAUAACAUCACUUGCAGGUGCAUCAAAUGGUAGUGCCUUGGUUGUAAUGUCCAAAGGGACAACGUAUACACAACAAUCAUACAAAGUAAGUGAUGUUUUCCCGUUCAAAUGGAUCAACAAGAAAUGGAAGGAAGGCUUUUUCGUCACCUCAAUGGCCACCGCAGGUAGUAGAUGGGGCAUCGUGAUGUCUCGUGAUGCAAGUUACUCUAAUCAGGUGGUCGAGCUUGAUUUUCUGUAUCCUAGCGAAGGGAUUCAUAGAAGAUGGGAGAACGGAUAUCGGAUUACAUCGGCUGCCGCAACCGAAGAUCAAGCCGCUUUCGUACUUAGUACGUCCAAGAGGAGAUUACAAGAUGUCACUCAAGAAACUCUUCGGACUUCUUCUUUUCCGAGCACCCAUGUGAAGGAAAAAUGGUCAAAGAAUUUGUACAUAGCAUCUAUCUGUUAUGGGAGAACUGUAUCUUGAAAUUCAUAAGAAGCCCGUUAUCGGGUGGCUUGUUGGCUAUCGUACGAACUGAAAUAUGGAUAGGGAAUUCCCGUUACGUCCUUUUGGAAAAGGGUAUCAUAUUUUCGAACUCAAAAUCUGCUGUCGUUUAGCCUCCCCGUCACCCUUAUCUUUCAAAGAAAAACGGUUUGUUCAUAGAAAAUGUUGAAAAUAAGUCCGACAUUUUCUGUACCCGUUUUGUUCAACAACAAACAGGCGAAUACAUAAUUUAUACAACGUUUUUCGAAGGGUAUUUUUCGUGGCACCCCUAUCUGUUUUCGGGUCGGGUGGUGUGUGUGUGUGUGUGUAUAGUCAAUAAACUUGAGGUCUAAACUGAGAGUUUGUUGGCAGGUUUUGUGAAACUGUAAGUUGUGUUUGUAACUAAAUUUAUGAAGAAAAAAAUUAACAAGAAAUGCUUAAGAGAUUAUGUUGUCU